AUGGCGUCCUCAAAGCAUACGAUAGCUAUUCCAGGGCAGCUCCUUGGCCCGGCUGCCAAGUAUCUGCCCGGCGCAGGCACGCAUAUCCACGAAGCGAACCUCUACGCAUCGCUACUCGGCGUAGUCCACAUUGCUCAACCAGCAAAGGCCCCAGGUCCCUCGAAGCGACUGACCAAGAUCACCGCACCUCCCCCAGCGGAGCUCCCGACCAUCUCAAUAUCGCGGUCCGGCAUAUCAGAGAAGCGGGAAGUGCUACCGGAGGUGGACAACAUUGUGCUCUGCCGUGUUACGAGGAUCACGCCCCGACAAGCCGUGGUCGCAAUUCUUGUUUGCGGCGACACGGUUCUAGAUGCCGAAUGGCAAGGACUCAUCCGAGUGCAGGACGUCAGGGCGACGGAGAAGGACAGAGUGAAGGUCUACGAGAGCUUCCGGCCCGGUGACAUUGUGCGCGCAAAAGUGAUUUCACUCGGCGAUCAAGCAAACUACUAUCUCUCGACAGGAAGCAACGAGCUGGGUGUCAUCAUGGCCACCAGCGAGGCUGGAAAUACCAUGUAUCCUGUCAGCUGGAAGGAGUACAAGGAUCCGGAGACCGGGCUGAGCGAAGCCCGGAAGGUAGCGAAGCCAUACUGA